GCAGUAUCGUAGAGGUCCUCGGUUGUCUCAUAGGGAGAUAAUGCGGCGAAAACCCCACGAUCAGUUAGCUGGUAGCUUUUGGCAGUCAGGCUUUCUUUAACACCAUAGCAUGGAGAGGCGGGCACCUCGCCGUUGCUACGAAGCGGCUUUUGUUCUUGGCAUUGUUAUUGGAGACUUGCGGAGUCCUUUGGAGGCACUCAUGGUUGGUUGAAUGGAGGCUGACGUGAUUUUCUCACUUACAAAAAGGAAAAAGAACAUCGCCAACCCCGAUACGAAACGAUAGUAAAGCUGGAGGGGCUCAAGGCAGGACUUAUUGUUUCACUGGCGGUAUCUGUUGUUGCGUUAUACCUAAUCCAGGGUUUCGUCUCGAUUGUAAUCCUCAAACUUUCGGAAGACAAACGAGCAUUACCAAUCCAUGGGUUUCCAACUCUGGGGGAUCAAGCCACCGAACCAUCACCAUAGCCAGCCUCAGCUUUGGCGCCGCUGUCCCUGGGCCCGGUGUAGGGAAUGCCCUUGGGUAUCCAUUUUCACUCGUACCCGCUUCCUUCCGAUGAACUUGGAGGGUGGAGCGCUAAUCAAAAAGUGCUCAGAUAUGACUGGAUCCACUACUGCUCGGAAAGAGCUCAGAAAAUUAAGCCUACCAAACUUGUGUUUGACCUGGCGGACUUGGGGGGAGUUCAGUCGAUAUGGAAUCUGGUUGCCUAUGCUGUGGGGAAGAUAUGAAGCCCAGCGAAAUCUCGAACCAACCACUUACCAAGCCUUCCCCAAUUUUAUUUUUGGAUGGUAAGAAUAAUGUUGAUUCUAAUAGUAAGCAAAAGAGGGGUGUUGUUUGUUGAUUAUAUGUAGCUGCAUCUUCCAACUGGGCUCCAUAUCCAGAUUUCCUGAU